GCUCCAUCUUCCCCCAACUCUGCUCAUCCUUCCAUCCUUCUCAUCUCUCUCCAUUCUACCAGACCUUCUCCAGCCCCCCUCCUCCUCCCCCUCCCCCUCCCUCUCUCCCACCACCCGCUCCUCCUUCUCAAACCUCCUUCCUGAACCAACCCCGUCCCUACUUAUCUUUCCUGCACCCGUCAGGUCUAUCGUAUAAACAGUCAUUAUGGCGCCAAAGUCGAAAAAAUCCAGCGCGCCACAAAAGGCCAACUUUUUCCAGGAAAGCGUUAAGAAAAAGUCGGCCGGAGUGAGCGAUAUGACCUUGCUGACCAAGAUUCAAAAUGAAACCAUCAAUGAGAACCUGAAGAAGCGAUUCGAGAACCAAGAGAUCUACACAUACAUCGGACAUGUGCUGAUCAGUGUGAACCCUUUCCGCGAUCUCGGGAUCUACACGGACGAGGUCUUGAAGAGCUAUCAGGGCAAGAAUCGUCUCGAGGUGCCGCCCCACGUCUUUGCCAUCGCAGAAAGCGCCUACUACACAAUGAACGCGUACAAGGAAAACCAGUGCAUCAUUAUCAGUGGAGAAUCUGGAGCUGGAAAGACUGAGGCUGCCAAACGGAUCAUGCAAUAUAUUGCCACAGUCUCUGGAGGAGAGUCUUCGCAAAUCAAGGAGAUCAAAGAUAUGGUUCUAGCAACCAAUCCUCUAUUGGAAUCGUUUGGAUGCGCUAAGACGCUGAGAAACAACAACUCGAGUCGCCAUGGUAAAUACUUGGAAAUUCAGUUCAAUUCUCAGGGCGAACCAGUUGGAGCCGUUAUCACCAAUUAUCUUCUGGAGAAGAACCGUGUCGUUGGGCAGAUCGAGAACGAGAGAAAUUUCCACAUCUUUUACCAAUACUGCAAAGCAGCACCCUCAAACUAUCAAGAGCAAUUUGGCAUGACGGGACCUGAAAGUUUCCUGAUCACCAAUAGAAGCGGAUGUUUGAGCGUGGACGGUAUCGACGAUGUUCAGGACUUUAACGAGACACUGCAAGCCAUGGGUGUCAUUGGACUUUCACAGCAGGAGCAGGAUGAGAUUUUCCGCAUGCUGGCUAUUAUUCUGUGGCUCGGAAAUGUCCAGUUUGUCGAGAACGACGGAGGGUACGCCCAGAUCGCCGAUAAUGAAGUGAUUGCCUUUAUUGCAUACAUCAUGGAGGUGGAUGCUGAGAUGCUGAUCAAGACCCUAACCAUCCGUGUCGUGGAGACUCAGCGUGGUGGACGACGCGGGUCCAUUUUUGAGUCUCCUCUCAAUUGCGUUCAGGCUAGUGCAGUCCGAGAUGCGCUUUGCAAGGCCAUCUAUAACAACUUGUUCGAGUGGAUUGUCAGCCGUGUCAAUGUGUCGCUGCGUCAACGUGGGGCCCAUGCCUACACUAUUGGGGUUUUAGAUAUCUACGGAUUCGAGAUUUUCGAGGAAAACUCGUUCGAGCAGCUCUGCAUCAACUACGUCAACGAGAAGCUGCAGCAGAUUUUCAUCGAGUUGACCCUGAAGACGGAGCAGGAGGAGUACGUUAGGGAGCGUAUCCAAUGGACUCCGAUCGACUUCUUCAACAAUAAGAUUGUGUGCGACCUUAUUGAGGAGAAGCGUCCUCCUGGAAUCUUUGCUGCCAUGAAUGAUGCCUGCGCGACUGCACAUGCGGAUUCGAACGCUGCGGAUAACUCUCUUGUUCAGAGACUGAAUGGGCUCUCGUCCAACCCUCAUUUUGAGUCGCGCGGCGCCUCGUUCUUGGUGAAGCACUAUGCGGGUGAUGUGAUGUACCAGAUAUCAGGAAUGACCGACAAAAACAAGGAUCUGCUCUCGAAAGACAUCUUGACUACGAUUGCCUCGACCAGCAACCAGUUCCUUGCCGGCCUGUUCCCUGAGCCGGUCGACGUUGACAACAAGAAGCGUCCCCCUACCGCUGGUGACAAGAUCAAGUCUUCUGCAGGUCUUCUCGUCCAGAACCUGAUGCAGUGCACGCCUUCGUACAUUCGCACCAUUAAACCCAACAGCAACAAGUCACCUACGGAAUUCGAUUCCAAGAUGGUUCUUCAUCAGGUCAAGUACCUGGGACUCUGCGAGAACAUUCGUGUCCGCCGCGCGGGCUUCGCCUCCCGUCAGACGUACGAGAAAUUCUUGGAGCGAUUCUAUCUGCUCUCACCAAAGACCUCAUAUGCAGGAGAAUAUACCUGGCAAGGAGAUCCUCGAAGCGGCGUUGAGCGCAUCCUGAAGGACACAAGUGUCGCGCCCGAGGAGUGGCAGAUGGGAACAACCAAAGUCUUUAUUCGCCACCCCGAAACUCUCUUUGCGCUUGAGCAUCUACGCGACCGCUACUGGCACAACAUGGCGAUCCGUAUCCAGCGAGCUUGGAGAAACUAUAUGAAAUACAAGAAUGAAUGUGCUACACGCAUUCAGCGGUGUUGGAGGAAGAACAAGGACCAGAUUGGAUGGCUGCAGCUCCGUGAUUACGGCCACCAGGUUCUUGCGGGAAGAAAGGAACGCAGACGGUUCUCGCUCGUCAGUAUGCGCCGCUUCUUAGGAGACUAUCUCGGAGUCAACAACAAGGGCGGACAGGGUCAACUCAUCAAGGAGGCCAUCGGUAUCUCUGAUAAUGACUUCUGUGUAUUCUCUGCCAGAGUGCAGCUGCUCGUUGCUCGCGCGAUGCGCUCGAGUAAGCCCAGCCCAAGGACAUUGGUUCUUACUGCGUCGAAUAUGUAUCUUGUCGUUUCUCAGCUAGUCGGCAAGGUGCUCACCAUGAAGUGCGAGAGAACUGUCAUGCUCAAUGCUAUCAAGGCGGUGUCGAUUUCGAACCUUCGCGACGACUGGAUGGUCUUUUCUAUCGACACCAUGAAUCCGGAGGAGGGUGACAUUGUCCUCGAGUGCGACUUUAAGACGGAGCUCAUCACCCAUUUACUUCAACGAUCUGGCGGACGCAUUGGCGUCAAUGUUGGACCUCAGUGCGAAUACACUAAGAAGAAGAACAAGACCGGAACUAUCAAGUUUGUCAAGGACGACCGCAUCAAAACUGAGACUUAUAAGAGCCAUGUUGUCACAGUUCCCAGCGGCGAGCCUGCAGACAGCCCCUCAUGGCCUCCUUGUGGAGGUAUUGCCAAGCCUCCACGACCCAUCACAUCGGGCAAGCUAAUCCGAAAGGGCGGCCCCUCGAAGGCGAGUUCGUCUCAGGGCGCUCGUCGUCCUCCAGCCGCCACUAAAGCUGCGACGCCUACAAGUCCACGUGCCUCUGUGCAGGCACCCGCGCGCACAUCCAUUGUGUCGAGCGGGUCUUCAACAGUCGCAUCUGCCAAACGCCAGGCCCCACCGCCUCCACCACCCGCUCCGGAGGCUGCUCCAUCGCCGCCUGGCAAGCCCAUGUACAAGGCCGUGUACAAUUUUGAAUCCCAGGACGCGGGCGAGGUUUCAUUUGUCAAAGAUGAUCUUAUGGAGAUUCUGGAGAAGGACGAGAAUGGAUGGUGGCUGGCCAAGAAGGACGGCAAGGAGGGCUGGGUCCCGAGCAACUACUUGGUCGAGGUACCCGUUCCCAAACCCGCUCCCGCCCCGCCAAGUCUCCCUGCGAAGCGUCAGCCUCCUCCUCCCCCUGCAGCACCAGCUGCCGUAGCAGCAAGCACAUCGAAGACAAGCUUUGCCAACAGUUCUCCAGCGACGACUCGGCACACAGCGAUUUCAACUAACGAGGAUCGGGCACCUAUAGCUGCGACUAGCAACACGAAUGCUCUUCAUGCAGGAUUCGGCGGGCCCGGUAACGUUGGAGGUGUGCCAGGAUGGAAGGUGGCCCUCGAAGCCAAGAAGGCGGCCGCGGCGGCUGCAGCUGCCGGUGGCUCCCACACAGCUCCAGCUCCAGCUCUUGCAGCGAGUUCAAGUCCUAUGCCGGCUGCUCGUCGCCCUGCACCUGCGGUCGCGGCCAAACCGUCAACUGGACCCAAGCCCGUGGUUCCGCCACGUGCACCCGUUGCAGGACCAAAGCCCACUAUCCCAGCCAGACCUGCUACUGGUGGAAAGUCUCUGCAGGAAAUUCUUGCGGCUCGCCGUCAGCAUAAUGAUGACUAAAGCGCUGAGGUUAUGAGAGACUGUUUGUAGACAAGGAGUGUUAUUAAUGCAACAAUGAAAGAGAGGAUAGGACCUCAUAUUCAUCAUGGUCUAGAGGAUGC